AUGUCGAAAAUUGGUAUCAACGGAUUUGGACGUAUUGGACGUCUGGUGCUCCGUGCUUCAGUGGAAAAGGGAGCCAAGGUUGUUGCUAUCAAUGACCCCUUCAUUGGUUUGGAUUACAUGGUCUACCUUUUCAAGUACGACUCCACUCAUGGACGUUUUAAGGGCACAGUUGAGGCUGCUGAUGGAUGCCUAGUAGUCAACGGAAACAAGAUUGCUGUCUUCUCUGAGAGAGACCCUAAAGCUAUUCCCUGGGGAAAGGCUGGAGCUGAAUAUGUUGUUGAAUCCACUGGUGUGUUUACCACCAUUGAUAAGGCAUCUGCUCACAUAGAAGGUGGAGCCAAGAAGGUCAUCAUCUCUGCUCCUAGUGCUGAUGCCCCCAUGUUCGUAGUAGGUGUAAACCAUGAAACUUACGAUCCAUCCUUCAAAGUUAUCUCUAAUGCUUCCUGCACAACUAACUGUCUCGCUCCUCUUGCUAAAGUUAUUCAUGAUAACUUUGAAAUUGUUGAAGGUCUUAUGACCACAGUUCAUGCUACUACAGCUACCCAAAAGACUGUUGAUGGCCCUUCAGGAAAAUUGUGGCGUGAUGGUCGUGGUGCUCAACAAAACAUUAUUCCAGCUGCUACUGGCGCAGCUAAGGCUGUCGGCAAAGUAAUCCCUGCUCUUAAUGGCAAACUCACUGGAAUGGCAUUCCGGGUUCCAGUUCCCAAUGUCUCUGUUGUAGAUUUGACUGUCCGCCUAGGCAAGCCUGCCAGCUAUGAUGCCAUUAAGCAAAAAGUUAAAGAGGCAGCUGAAGGACCCCUCAAGGGAAUUCUUGGUUACACUGAGGACCAAGUUGUAUCAACUGAUUUUGUUGGUGAUACUCACUCUUCAAUCUUUGAUGCUGCUGCGGGUAUCUCUCUAAAUGACAACUUUGUUAAACUUAUCAGCUGGUACGACAAUGAAUAUGGUUACUCCAGCCGUGUCAUUGACCUUAUCAAGUACAUCCAAACCAGAGAUUAA